UUUUUUGUUGUUGUUGUUGAAUUUGAGAGAGUUACAGAGAUAGAGACAGAAAGGGAGAGGUCUUCCAUCCAGGAGCUUCUUCCAGGUCUCCCAUGCGUGUGCAGAGUCCCAAGGACUUGGGCCAUCCUCUGCUGCUUUCCCAGGUGCAUUAGUAGGGAGCUGGCUUGGAAGUGCAGUGGCUGAGACCUUAACCAGCACCCAUAUGGGACGCCAGCACUGCAGUCUGGGGCCUCAACCCACUGGUGCCACAGUUCCAGCCCCUUUUCCAGACUUUUUAAAGUACCAUCAUACUUAUUUAGUUGCUUGAAUUGGCACACUUUGACUAUUAGUGUAACUCCUUCAAGUCUCUUUUAAAUGCUCCCAUCAUUUUUUGAGCGCCUCCUGGCUUUUUUGCACCAUGAAGUGCUCCAGAUUUAGCUACUUCCCUGCCUCCAUCAAGAAAUCGCUUGACUUCUCCUGGGAGCUCUGAUACCUUUUAUAGGAGAAUAUUUAAAUAGAAACGAAGGUGUCAAAACUAAGUGUGCUCAUUACUAUUGAAGCAUCUUUGAUUCUAUACUGUCUCAGCCUAGAGAGCUAGGAGAGUGAGUGAGUGAGUGUGUGUGUAUGUGUGUUCUCAUACAUACGCAUACCAUGCGCACAUCUACAUUGAUCGGAACAAUCUUGAGUUCUCAGGGAUUCUUCUGAUUCCAGCCUAUCCACAGGCUUCGUUCCCAUCUCCUUAUUUAUAACCUUUUUCUGACCAUGAGAAACAUAGCUCUAAUUAUCCAGUGUAUCUACUUAUUUGUUCAGUCCUGGAAAACUUGAAAUACUUUCAGAAUUGCUAGCCUACAUCUGUGUGAUUAAGAUUAUACUUCUGUACAUGUAUAAAAUAUGUCUUUGGGGAGGACAUUUGAUGUAACAGUUAAGAUACCACUUGGGAUGCCUGCUUCUGAUAUCAAAGUGCCUGGGUUCAAGUCCAGGCUCUACUCCCAGUCCCACCUUCUACUGAUGUGCACCAUGGAGGCAGCAGGUGAUAACCCAAGUACUUGGGUCCCUGCCCACCCAUUUGAGAGACCAAAUUGAGUCCCUUGCUUUGGCCUGGCCCAGCCCUAGCUGUAGGCAUUUGAGGAGUAAAACAGUGGAUGGGAGAUAUAUAUAUCACUAUCUCUUUGCCUUUCAAAUAAAUAAAAGUUAAAAUAUGCCUUUAAACUUAAUAAAAAUAAGUACUUUUUAUCAUGCAUUUUUUUUCCUCUGGCUGUAUUUCUAGAGUCUCUUGAUUAUCAGCAGUCAUCGUCCCCAUGGUCAGCCAUUUUUUCUGUAAUUCUGUGAUGUUCAAUUUGAAUUUCACUUCCAGCAUUAUCACUUUUUGUCUCUUUGAUGCACUUUGAUCUUGGCCAAUCACUGAGAGAUGAGGUGUCCACACAACAGCAUUUUGUUGUCUGUCCCUGAACGGCAAUUGAUGUGCAGUGAUCAGUCACUGGCAGACCUUGAAGAAAUGACAUGGUUGGUCACUGGUCAUGAUGGCUUCUGUUACCCACUUGGUGACCUGUGGACUGAAGAGCUGGCAGUGAAGUUGCCCACAACCCACAUACUGAGGUUACUGAAAUUUACACAGAUCUGAACUAUGCAAGGAAAGGCCUGCCAGUUCCAUAACUUGGAAGAUCGAUAUAGAAAUCAAUGGCAAUGCAGUGGAUCUUCACAUGAAGUUGGGUGACAAUGGAGAAGCUUUCUUUGUGGAGGAGACUGAAGAGGAAUAUGAAAAGCUUCCUGCCUACCUUGCCACCUCACCAAUUCCUACUGAAGAUCAGUUCUUUAAAGAUAUUGACACCUGUUUGGUGAAAUCAGUUGGAAAUGAAAGAUCAUCUCAGAGUUCAGACAUCUCACACAUCCUGGAAACAGAGACGAUUUUUACUCCAACUUCUGUGAAAAAGAAAAAACGAAGGAGAAAGAAAUGCAAACAAGACAGCAAAAAGGAAGAGCAGGCUGUUUCUCCUGCUGCAGAAGACACAUGUGAUGUGGCCGUGAGCUCUGAUGAAGAGAAGGGAGCCCAGGCAGCAAGAGGAUCUUCGACUGCUUCCUUAAAGGAAGAAGAGUAUAAGGAACCUUUGCUUUUCCAUUCUGGAGACCACUACCCCUUAUCUGAUGGAGAUUGGUCCCCUUUAGAGAACACCUAUUCCCAGGCAGUUUGUCCUAAGAGUGAUUCAGAGUUGGAGGUGAAACCUGCCGAGAGCCUGCUCAGAUCGGAGUCUCAUAUGGAGUGGACAUGGGGCGGGUUCCCAGAGUCCACCAAGGUCACCAAAAGAGAGAGAGGUGAUCAUCAUCCUAGGACAGCUACCAUUACACCAUCAGAAAAUACCCAUUUUCGGGUAAUUCCCAGUGAGGACAACCUCAUAAGUGAAGUCGAGAAGGAUGCUUCCAUUGAAGAAACUGUCUGUACCAUAGUGAAACCCAAACCCAGAGCCUUGUGUAUGCAAAUGGGUGAUGCAACUUCAGCUGCAGAACUUCUCGAACCUCUUCUUGAGAGUCCUCAGAUUUCAUCUAUGUUAGAUGCAGACCACCUUCCCAACCCAUCCUUAGGGGAGGCUCCCUCAGAAUUGAAACCAGCUGCUAAAGUAGACUCGCCGUCAAAGAAGAAAGGUGUCCACAAGAGAAGCCAGCACCAAGGACCUGAUGAUAUUUACCUUGAUGACUUAAAAGUCCUGGAACCUGAAGUUGCAGCUCUAUAUUUCCCUAAAAGUGACUUGGACCCUGGCUCCAGGCAGUGGCCUGAGUCGGACACGCUCUCUGGCUCCCAGUCCCCACAGUCUGUGGGAAGUGCUGCCGCAGAUAGCGGUACUGAGUGCCUCUCGGAUUCUGCUAUGGACUUGCCUGAUGUCACUCUCUCUCUUUGUGGGGGCCUCAGUGAGAACGGAGAAAUUUCCAAAGAAAAAUUCAUGGAACAUAUCAUUACUUACCAUGAAUUUGCAGAAAACCCUGGACUUAUAGACAAUCCUAACCUUGUAAUAAGGAUCUAUAACCGUUAUUAUAAUUGGGCUUUGGCUGCUCCGAUGAUUCUUAGCUUGCAAGUAUUCCAGAAGAGUCUGCCUAAGGCCACAGUUGAGUCCUGGGUCAAAGACAAGAUGCCAAAAAAAUCUGGUCGCUGGUGGUUUUGGCGUAAGAGAGAAAGCAUGACCAAACAGUUGCCAGAGGCCAAGGAGGGAAAAUCUGAGGCACUGCCGUCCAGUGACCUGCCGUCAAACACCAAGGAGCCAGCCAAUGCCAGGCCAGCUGAGGACGACUCAUCAAGUGACGAGGGGUCUCAGGAACUCGAAGAAUCUAUUAAAGUGGACCCUAUACCCCCUGAGCCCCUGAGCCAUGGCAGCACAACCUCAUAUAAGAAGUCUCUCCGACUCUCCUCUGACCAGAUCGCAAAACUGAAGCUCCACAAUGGCCCAAAUGAUGUUGUAUUCAGUAUCACCACCCAGUAUCAAGGCACCUGCCGCUGUGCCGGCACCAUUUACCUCUGGAACUGGAAUGACAAGAUUGUCAUUUCCGAUAUCGAUGGAACAAUAACCAAGUCUGAUGCUUUGGGACAGAUUCUUCCACAGCUGGGUAAAGACUGGACUCAUCAGGGCAUAGCGAAACUCUACCAUUCCAUCAAUGAGAAUGGCUACAAGUUUCUGUACUGUUCUGCGCGUGCCAUCGGCAUGGCCGACAUGACCCGAGGGUACCUGCACUGGGUCAACGACCAGGGCACCAUCUUGCCCCGAGGCCCUCUGAUGCUGUCGCCCAGCAGCUUGUUCUCUGCCUUCCACAGGGAAGUGAUAGAAAAGAAACCAGAGAAGUUCAAAAUUGAGUGUCUAAAUGAUAUCAAGAAUCUGUUUGCCCCGUCCAAGCAGCCCUUCUAUGCUGCCUUUGGAAACCGUCCAAAUGAUGUCUAUGCAUACACACAAGUUGGAGUUCCAGACUGUAGGAUAUUCACCGUGAAUCCCAAGGGUGAAUUAAUACAAGAGAGGACCAAAGGAAACAAGUCAUCAUAUCACAGGCUGAGUGAACUUGUGGAGCAUGUGUUCCCACUCCUCGAUAAGGAACAGAAUUCUGCCUUUCCGUGCCCAGAGUUCAGCUCCUUCUGCUACUGGCGAGACCCCAUCCCUGAGGUGGACCUGGAUGACCUGGCCUGAGGCAGCAUCUCUGGUAGUGAAGGGGCUGCAGUUACUCGCCCCACGGCAAAGGAAGGUGGCCGGACACCUGCUCACCCAAGCAGGGACAGGAUUCCUGGAGCUGGCGCUGCUGACCUCCUUCGCCUUCCCAGGCCACUGCUCAGCACCUGGAAGCAGGAGCGAAGGGUUUGACUUGGGUUAGAGGCCUACGGUCCAUCACACGCAGGCCCUCACACGUGCUUUUUGCCGAGUUAUGUGCUGGCUGCUCCUUCAGUUGUAUAAUAUGAAACGAAAAAAGCUAAAAAGGAGUGGACCAAAACAUUAUACGAAGUAAAGUAUUAUCAUUUCCACUGGGCAGUUGGGAUUGUUUAUCUCGGUAACCAGGGCUUUUUCCAGAGGGUCAGGGUCCACUGAACUGCCCCAAGUCCAGUUUGUGAUACUGGCUGAAACUGCACACAGCUCCUCUCCAGGCCCUUCCUUUGCUGCACACUGAAACAACGGUGCUCAGGUGUGCCAAGCUGGGGGGGCCUCCAGGGGAGAAUAUCCCCUCCUGUCGUCAUUUUUUCAUCUGUGACUACUCCAUGCUGAGACGCCUUUAAGUUAUUUCUUAGACAUAGCCAGAAGAACAGAUCUUGUAGGUCUAUAUUUGAUAUCUGUAAUAAAAGUACUAAUAGCAGGAAGUUGGGUUUUAAAGCAAACAAACAAAAACCAUAACAGUUGUUUUCAAGGAAGCCUCAGACGCAGGUGUGCACUUGUGUUUGCCCUUGGGAGUAGACCUUUUUUCUGUCUCUACCUGUUGCCUGGCUUAGGUGGGCCUUUGGGUGUCUUGCUUUGGGAACAGGAUGCCCGGAAUUUGGUGCUUCCGAUUUGUUAGGGAAGCACAGAGGAGCUUGUGUAAAGGUCACUGGCCAGCAGGGAUUGGCUCUGGCACUUAUAAUUACAACCCCAUAGAAAGCUGGUGGAAAGCGUGUAAGUGCGUUUUUGGAGUUGCCUGUGGAGCGAUCUGCCCUCUGCAGUGUCCUGAGCCCACCAUUCUGCCUCUUCCAUUAGCCAGGGACUCCUGUGCUCUGCCACACAGAGGCUGCCCUAUGAGAUUUCACGGGGGCUUGAAGGGUACCCAUGCAUUGUCACUGAAAUGUACAUCACCGCUUCAUUUACUGACUUGUGAGAAGCUCACGUCAGCGGGGAAGGGCGUGUACUGAAAGUCCUCCUGAGUGUUUCUGGGUGCUGACAGUGUCUGCGGUGUUAACAGCAAGAGCACCAUUAGCAGACUUUCAGGGAACCAGCCACAGCCCCGUGUCUUAGUCCUCACUGGGUAUGUGCAGGAGGUGGAGACACAGACGUCAUCCUGGAAGGGUUUUCUUUCCAGAUUUUCCUGCCUCUGCUGUUGUGUUGGAGACAUCUUUUUGUUUUAGUUUGCCUCAUCCAAAAUAAUACUGAUCUGAAGUUUGAGUAAAGGGGUAGUUAUUUUUCCAGAUUGGAGAGUUCAGAAUCCUGGCUGAUGGCAGCCAGUGUCCCAGUGCUGUUGGAUGCAGAGACAAUGUUGAACCUGGUUCUCAGUGGCAGAAUGUUCACAGAGAGGUUGCACAAGGUUUCUCCAGGGCAAAUAUUCCCCCUUACGUAGUUGCCAAGGACUAGUAGUUCAGUGAGUUUAUUUCUUACAAAACAAGGUUAGGGAAGUUAGGUUAUGUUCAGUGACAUUCUGCCCAGUUAGUGAAGUACAGUUGCAGUAGAGCAGCCAUGCAGUUAGUUCCUCGAUGUCAUAGGCACCGUCAGUGUGUCCCCUCAGCCACCCUUGAUUUACAGGAAGAGCGGGAGCUGCGUGUGCUUCUCCCCAGUUCAGUGGGAAUUUGUAUAUAUGUGGUACGCAAAAGCUUAAUUCACAUCUUUCUUAGUUCUUUUCGGUUAUCCUUUAGAGUAGUUGACUGGUUUGUUUAUUUUUCUUGACAAGCUCUUCUCUUUGGACACAGGGGCUUUCUCAGAGGGUGCACCCUAGGGCCUGGAUCUCUGGGGCAAGGUUGAGGACAUCUGGUCCCUCUGACCCAGUGUCUAUUAGCACUAGACUUUGUUGCUGCAGAUUGAUCCAGUGGGUACAUAGGCUAAUUAAUGUGAGUCUCUUUCCUUGUUUAAAGGAGUCCCUGUUGCUGAAAGUAGAUGAUUACUUUUGCUGUAGUGUUAUGAACGUAUUAGUUUGUGCUGAAAAUCCAUUGCCAUUUGGUACAAAUGACAUUGUUCUUUCUGUGAAAGAGAGAUGCUCUCGAGUGUGUUUGUACACAAACCUGAGAAUGGUGAAUUGAAGCAUCACCCUAGGCUGGCCUCGGUGGGUGAGGUUGCAGGCAGAUGGGGCUCUGCUGAGUCAGUCAGUCGGCCGCUCCAUCGGUGACAGAACCCCUUUACCCCUUUCCAGUUCAGUCUGGUGUUAGUAUUUGCUUUCAUGUCCCUGUGUUGAGGCGUGUACUGGUGUGUGGUGGGCUUGACAGACCUGGAGCAGGCAAACUGAACCCUUAUUCAAGGACUGUUUUGCUGUGCUUAAAAACAUUUCAUAAUUUUCAGUUGGAAAAGGGAAAAACUAAUGAGACGUCCUAAAGUCAUCGGUAGAACAGCUGAGGAAGCAAGCUGACACGGUGACUGGAAAGCAUGUCUGCCCCUCAGCAGCCCACCUGGCCACCGGGCCUGUGCACACAGCCCUGCCGCUGUUUGCUCUUGAAGGUGUGCAGGCAAGACCUUUUCAAGAAGAAACGGUUAGAAAAAAGGAAGCUCCUCUUCUUUUUGCAAGUUGGCGAAAACAGAUUCUUCCAGGGAGUUUUACAAGUGUCAUCGUAUUCAUUCUGCAAAGCUUUGUUUCCCCCGCCUUUUUUUUUUUUUUUUUUUAAAUAGAGCAUUCCGGGUUUAAUAAAACUGGUUAGGUAUUAGUUAAAAUGAGUGCUCUUCCAGGUGAGAACUGCUUUUUCGGUUUGCUUUGAAGGUAAGAAAGAGGGAGGGGGGAACUUUGCUCUUUUAAUUUAAUAAUUAUGUUCAGCCUCUGAUAAAGUAUUUGAUUAUUAGACAGCAAUGCCACUAAUAACUUUUAAGUUGUCAAAAAUUAAUUGUAAACAUCAGUACAGUACUCUUAGUUAUGGUAAAGACAAUUGUCUUAAAAUGAAUGGCUCAUAUUUUGAUGCAGUGUUUGAUGUUCAAAACAAAAUGUUACAACAAUAAAAAAAUUAAACAAUG